GCGCCAGUCGGAACCGGAGCGGGUCCGAGGCGCUGCCCGAGCCCGCCAUGGAGCAGCCCAGGAAGGCGGUGGUGGUGACGGGUGUUUGGCGACUGUGGAAGGGAAGCCGGGGCUGGUCCUGGAAUACCUGGGAAGAUGGAAGAGGCCACGCACCUGCCUAGCAGGGUUUGGCCCUUUUGGGGAACACACUGUGAACGCCAGCUGGAUUGCGGUUCAGGAGCUGGAAAAACUGGGCCUUGGCGACAGUGUGGACCUACACGUGUACGAGAUUCCAGUCGAGUACAAGACGGUCCAGAGACUCAUCCCUGCCCUGUGGGAGAAGCACAGCCCACAGCUGGUGGUGCACGUGGGGGUGUCAGGCAUGGCGACCACAGUCACGCUGGAGAAAUGCGGCCACAACAAGGGCUACAAGGGCUUGGACAACUGCCGCUUCUGCCCCGGCUCCCAGUGCUGCGUGGAGGAUGGGCCUGAAAGCAUCGACUCCAUCAUCGACAUGGACGCUGUGUGCAAGAGAGUCACCACGCUGGGCCUGGACGUGUCGGUGACCAUCUCGCAGGAUGCCGGCAGGUAUCUCUGCGACUUCACCUACUACACCUCUCUGUACCAGAGCCGCGGCCGAUCCGCCUUUGUGCACGUGCCCCCACUGGGCAAGCCGUACAACGCGGGCCAGCUGGGCAGGGCGCUCAGGGCCAUCAUCGAGGAGAUGCUGGGCGUCCUGGAGCAGUCGGAAGGCAAAAUCAGCUAUUGCCACAAACACUGAGGGCCGCUCGGUCUCCCAAGACCUCAUCCCGCCAGGGACCCCAAGAGGGACGUCUGCCCUCCGAGGCCUGGCCACGAAACACAGGCUCGUCCGCCGGGGGCAUCCGAUUCGGAUGAGGUGUCCUGACGGACACACCUCCUCCUCCUCCUCUGCAGAAGCUCCGGUUGAUUUGAAGGAAGCGGCUGAAGGUUUUUCUCUAUUCCCCCUGCAUUUGGGGACACGGCUGCCGUGGCCGGCGGGCUCAGGUUUCCCCGGAGAAUCUUGGUCCGGUGGGUCUACGCCCUGCGGCCAGUGCCACAUGUCGUCUGCUCUUCACGGUCUGCUGGUGGAGGAAUUUCGGAGCCCGCUUUAUCUCCCCGACUGGUUUUCCCCACACUGAAAAGCUUCGUGAAGAGUCUCUGCCUUUGAACUGUGGCCUGGCAGCCCCAGAAAGGCCGCCCUGGGGUGCGGCUUGACUUUCUUUCUUUCUUUCUUAUUCUCUUUUUAAAAACAAUAGUGCUAGUUUGGGUACAGAGUAAUUUAUAUUCCCUUUGGUUAAACGCGGGCUUUAGCCACCAACAGAAGUGUCUUUUCUUUGUCCUGGGGUGUGACCCCUUCUGCCUCCUGCCCUGAAAACUGGAUUUGAGAUGCCGUAUCUUUGUUCCAGGGCCCUUUCGCUCAGGGCAUGGGGCCCAUGGCCAGGCCACGGGGUGGGGCUGCUACCCCAGGUGUGGCCAUAAAGGGCUCAGCCCUUCAACACCCAAGCUGUGAGCUUCCCCACAGAGACAGGGCCACCAGUGGAACCGCAGAUUUCGUCUGCUUUUGAUUUUGGUUUGGAAUGUGUAAAACUUUGUAACAAC